UGUGAGACAGAACCAGGAGGAGGGCGGACAGACAGACAGACAGGGGAACAGACAGACAGGGGAACCUGCAGAGUGCAGGACCCCGCAGCCUUCAUCUGGAGCAUGGACUGAGUCCUGACCAGAGAGAGGACCGCUGCCCCCAGACAAGUUCACAAUGCAAGCCGGUAUCUUCAAGGUUUGUCUGGUGGUCGUGACAACCAUCGUUAACCAUCCACUUCUCUUCCCAAAUGAUGAUGCAAUGCUUCCCGCCACUGAUGACAUCAUCAUCCGAAAAUUGCAAGAGAGGGAGGAGAACCUGAAAGCCCAGCAGCUGGAACUUGAGAAACUUCUAUCCCGCCACGAGGCAGCACGGGGAAAUGAGGCGAAUACGGAAGGCAAGGCGGCAGAAGAUGAGUCAACAUGGGACUUGUGGAGCACGCUGUCCAUGGUCAUAUUCCUGGUGAUUGAGGUAUGGAGGCAAGACUUCAAAGACAGCAACUCCAAGGAGGAGAACAAAGAAGAGGAUGACCUGUUGUUCAUCGGAAACUGUUGCCACGGCGUCUCUCUUCCAAACAAGACGAUGCUGGCUAUAUUUCAUGACCAGUACAUCCGGGCAACAACCCAUGAUGCAGCCAGGACCAGGGAGUUUGUGGAGGGCUUUGCGGAUGACCUGCUUGAGGCGUUGAGAAGUGUGUGCAACCGCGAUGCCGACAUGGAGGUGGAAGAUAGCAUCUGCAUUGGGAGCAUGUAUGAAAACUGGAGAGUGAACAGGCCAUUGAUAUGUGACUUGCUCGUACCUUUUGCUCCUCCGGAACCUUAUCAUUUCAAGUGCCAACCAUGCGUGACUGACACCUCCAUUGACCCAGACAAACAAAACUAUGGUACAAUCCUCGUGUGUGGACCAGACGAUAAAUCAUCAGGAUGUGUCUGUGACAAGAAGAAACUUGGUGAAGAUAUGUUAUGUCUCCUUCACAACCCAAUCAACAAGAAAAUCGAGAACAAGGACGUCAAUUUGUUGUGCUCUAAGGACAGCAACUACCUGGACACCGACCAGGUGAUGAAAUGGUUCCAAACAGCCGUGACAAAGGCAUGGAGCAGGAUUUCCCACAAAUAUGAGUUUGAUCUCACUUUCAGCAGCUUGGAUUCUCCUGGAGCUCUAAGAGUAAGAUUCAAGUCCGGAAAAGCCAUUAGCUUCAACAUAACCCCGGUGGUCCAGUAUGAGGACUCUGAUCUAUACUUCAUUUCACAUUUUCCCCAUGAGGUCCCCUCCACCAGUAUUCAUUGGACGUUAUCCUUUGCAGUCUACGAGAGGAGGUUCCUCAAGGACUUUGCUAAGAACCUUCCAGACAAUUCAUGUCACCUGGGUUGUCUACAGAUAAUGACCUUCCUCCAUGCCAAGCAGUGUCACCUAACUGGGCCAAGUGGUCUCACCACUUACCACCUAAAGACAGUGCUGCUUCAUCUGCUUCUGAGUUGCCCUUGUACAGACUGGGGGAACGCCGUGCUAGAAGACAGGUUAAGAGACAUGUUCAAGAGCCUGGAAAAAUGUCUUCUAGAAAAGAAACUCCACCACUUUAUGGUGGGGAACCCGAAACUGCCGGAGUCUGUGAAACUUCCUGAACAUUUCCGCCUAGCGGAACCUCUCAACCUUUUCCGUUCUUUUGUCUUAAACAGAGACCUUUACCAGAAAACUUUAUCCAUGUUCUAUGAGAUGCUGAAGAACGCAACAGUUGUAAUUAAUGAAUACAGCUUCCACCUACCACCCGGGCCCAACGGCAAACACUCAAACUUACCUGCCCCUGGGUGUACACAACCUGCGUAGCAUCUUGUGGGAGCUUCAGUGAUGAGUUUUAGUUGUCACCAUACUGGAAUUCAAUAACAGUUUAUUGGCAUUGUACAACUGAAGCCAAUCCCACCGUGGGACAGCCAGUGUCAACUGGUGGCUUCAAAACCAAUGUAAGGAAGUGGCAUUAUGGAGAACUAACCUAUAGGGUAUGUUAUAUGUUGCAUUAUAUAUGACUACGGCCAACUGCUGUACAUGCCAAACACACCUCUACAUUUUAUAACCGUGCGUCAUUAUUCCCCGCUAACAGGGGGUCCAUCAUUGGGAUUUAUGCAUCUACAAAUCUGGCUAAAACAUGUUUAACUGAUGUAUUCUUCAUGUAAGUCUAUUAUUCAUGUAAUCAGAAUCAGCUUUAUUGGCCAGGUGUACUCACGUACACUAGGAAUCUUUUGUGGUAUAACGCAUCGCCAAGCAGCAACAUGAAGGGGGAAUACAUAGCAUAAGAAGGGGGAAAAACAUAGCAUACAUUACAAACAUUACACGUUCAUACUGCACAUUGCAACUGUACAAUAGACUCAACAUAUUAGACAUAUUAUACAUGUAAGACUAAAAACGAAGGCUGCUUGUCAGAGCAGCACCGAUACCAGCAGCAUAACCGUACAAUGCGGUAACCCAUUGUAACCAAUCAGGGAGUUGUAUCACUAUUAUUGUACUAGACCAUUGAAUGAAUUUUGGCUGCUAGAGGUGAGAGGUCAUUAGCGUGACUGGCCCCAUGUUAUCAUAUAAUCAGCAUCGCGUCUCAGGUACAGCGUAUGCUGUGUUGUUGCCCUGUAUGCAGGACUUCCGAGAUACUCAGACGUUUACAGAUGUUUGCCCCUGAAAAUCUCAUUGUUUUCCUUACACCGACUCACAAUAAUUCUGUACGUAGGAUUCGGUGUUUCAAUAUUUGGCCGCAAAUGCCCAAUGUGAGUACCAGGUGGCGUUCUCCGGCCCCCAAGCCCAGCAGCUGUUUCACUGGGCCGCAGAAGUGCGUUUGGAAUUUGGAGGCAAGCAUGCGUUAGUGGCGAUCUGUGCUCAUCUUUCGCUGACAUGCGCAAUUUUGUUUUAUUUUGAUUGUGGCUGUUUACAGAUCACACACUGCGCCGCUAAGUGUCAAUGAGAAGUAUGCCCAAUAUUGGCUGAUUAUAAUUACGUUGGGUACAGUGUUAUUCUCUGGGUUUGUGUGGAGCAGUCUAAAUAAAAUGUGUUUUCCCAAUAA